UCACGUGACCGCGCCGGGGGAGAAAACGCCUGACCCAAACCCCCGGCCUUCACUGUAAGCCCUUUCUUCUAGUGGCUCGUCGGCCUCCAGCCCUCCAGUCACCUGUGCGGCUCUCCACUCCACCCGGGGUCUCCCCCGGAGCCCUGUCAGCCAUGCGGCUCCUGCCUCUGGCCUCAGGUGGGCCGCGGCGGGGCAGUCCCCGUCACCUGCCCUCCUGUAGCCCAGCGCUGCUGCUGCUGCUGCUGCUGUGUGGCUGCCUGGGGGUUUCCCGGGCGGCGGCGGCUGACUCUCGGAGGCCCAAUGUGGUGCUGCUCCUCGCCGACGACCAGGACGAAGUGCUCGGCGGCAUGACACCUCUAAAGAAAACCAAGGCUCUCAUCGGAGAGAUGGGGAUGACUUUCUCCAGUGCUUAUGUGCCAAGUGCUCUUUGUUGCCCAAGCCGAGCCAGUAUCCUGACAGGGAAGUACCCACAUAAUCAUCACGUUGUUAACAACACUUUGGAGGGAAACUGCAGCAGUAAGUCUUGGCAGAAGAUCGAAGAACCAAAUACUUUCCCAGCGAUUCUCAGAUCAGUGUGUGGUUAUCAAACCUUUUUUGCAGGGAAAUACUUAAAUGAGUAUGGAGCCCCAGAUGCAGGUGGACUAGCACACGUUCCUCUGGGCUGGAGUUACUGGUAUGCCUUGGAAAAGAAUUCUAAAUACUAUAACUAUACCCUCUCCAUCAAUGGGAAGGCACGGAAGCAUGGUGAAAACUACAGUGUGGACUACCUGACAGAUGUUUUGGCCAAUGUCUCCUUGGACUUCCUGGACUACAAGUCCAACUCUGAGCCCUUCUUCAUGAUGAUCUCCACUCCAGCACCUCAUUCGCCUUGGACAGCUGCACCCCAGUACCAGAACACCUUCCAGAACGUCUUUGCACCAAGAAACAAGAACUUCAACAUCCAUGGAACGAACAAGCACUGGUUAAUUAGGCAAGCCAAGACCCCAAUGACUAAUUCUUCGAUACAAUUUUUGGAUAAUGCAUUUAGGAAAAGGUGGCAGACUCUACUCUCAGUUGAUGACCUUGUGGAGAAGCUGGUCAAGCGAUUGGAGUUCAAUGGGGAGCUCAACAACACCUACAUCUUUUAUACCUCAGACAACGGCUAUCACACAGGCCAGUUUUCUUUGCCUAUAGACAAAAGGCAGCUGUAUGAGUUCGAUAUCAAAGUUCCACUGUUGGUUCGAGGACCUGGGAUCAAACCCAAUCAGACAACCAAGAUGCUUGUUGCCAACAUCGACUUGGGUCCUACCAUUUUGGAUAUCGCUGGCUAUAACCUGAAUAAGACGCAGAUGGAUGGAAUGUCCUUCUUGCCCAUUUUGAAAGGAGCCAGUAACCUGACGUGGCGAUCAGAUGUCCUAGUGGAGUAUCAAGGAGAAGGCCGUAACGUCACCGACCCAACAUGUCCUUCCCUGAGUCCUGGAGUAUCUCAAUGUUUCCCAGACUGUGUGUGUGAAGAUGCGUAUAACAACACCUAUGCCUGCGUGAGGACCAUGUCGCACCUGUGGAAUUUACAGUAUUGUGAGUUUGAUGACCAGGAGGUGUUCGUAGAAGUCUAUAAUCUGACUGCAGACCCACACCAAAUCAAUAACAUUGCUAAGAGUAUAGACCCAGAGCUUUUAGGAAAGAUGAACUAUCGGCUGAUGAUGUUACAGUCCUGUUCUGGACCAACCUGCCGCACUCCAGGAGUUUUUGACCCUGGAUACAGGUUUGACCCUCGGCUCAUGUUCAGCAAUCAUGGAACAGUGAGGACUCGAAGGUUUUCCAAACAUCUUCUGUAGCACUUCUGGUUGGAUCCCUGCCCGCCUCUUUCUGAUGAAGUGAUUGUAGUAGGUGUCUGUAGCUAGUCUUCAAGACCAUGCCUGGAAGGGUUUCUGGACUGGCUUUAAGUCCUGUGUGGAAAAGCACCCCAAUCAGCUGACUUCCCUGUGCCAUGUGUUAAACUGUGAACUCUGCCCGUGUGUCAGGAGUGGCUGUCCCUGGUCCCUUCAUUCAGCUGAUGACGAUACCCCUGAGGUCUUUGUUCUCACCAAACCCUUUCUGUCCUGGGGCCACAGUUCUUGAUGAUUCCCCAUGUGGUCAAAAAUCUGAACUUGUAAAUCCCUGCCGAUAAACGGCAAUGCUUCGGGGUGGUGGGGGGGGUGUGUUUUUGGUGUACAAAACAUAGGAUCCUACAUAGCAUCCCAGAUUGAACACUUCACUCUCAAAAAUAUAUUGUUAGCACAUGGCUUGAAGAAUAAUCAUCAGAGCUGAACCAUCUGAUUAAGAAGAAAUACCAUUGUUUUUAGAUUAGUAAAAUACACUAUCUGUAAUAGACAUCACAGUGUGAUAAAGGUCAGAAAUUCCAAACACAUCAACCAAGCUCUGUUCAUGUCGGGGUGGGGGGGGAUAUUCUGGGCUGGCGCUACAUUGAAAUAGACCAGUAGCGAGCUUUCGGUAAAGGCCAAUUCCAGGUGGUCAUUGAAGGGGAUGGACAGCUGCUUUCCAGUGGCUGCUAACCACACCGUGUGCCAGUUAGCACCAGGGCUAACGAGGGAAUGUCUCUUCUCUUGACACUGCCCCCUCUGAGAGCCAAAAAAUAAGGUGGGUUAAAUAUCGCAGCAGAGAAGAAUUUGCAAGGGUUGGUGAAGGUUGUGUUGUCUGAGGGCCUUCUGUAGAUGGGGCUUUGGGGUUGACAGGUUGAAGGGCUGUGAAUUGGGGCAGAGGAAGUGCCUGUCCAGCAGGGAGCCUGGGGUUCAGUCCCAUGUGUGAAGGGAGACUCCCUCUGCAUUUUGCUGACAUUCUGUUCAUUGGUCAUAGGAGGUAAGAGUUUCUUAAAGUUGAUGCAAAAAACGACUUACCUUCUUCCCAUUUAGAUACCUUCUUCCUGAGUUUUUGGAGUCUUGUGUACUGUGGGCCUCAUUCGCUGUUCCUCUGUCAAAAGCAGAUCUUCUGGAGGCUUGCUCACUGUUAACACCUGCAUUUUUGUCUCUUGGCUCAAAGACCAAUCCCGUUUCUUCUGUUUCCUUUAUGAGAGGGCUGAUUGGUGGUGGGACAGCAGGGGAAGAAGAGGAACUGUGGUUUCUAACCUGUUCAACUCAGGCAAUAGUGAUUUUAGCUUUCGGUAAGGUCCUAGAUUGAGCUUUAAGCACUUUGUAAGACAUGGCCAUAGGUAACUUUUCUAUCGCAAUUCCAGAUUGCCACUUUGGGUUAAUAGCCAUUGGGUUGAUUCUUUACCUCACACCAUCCCAGUCACAGCAGUGGUAUUUAGAAGUGAAAUGAGCAAGUGAAGUGAAUACCUCUGCUGUGAACCUUUUAGGCAAAGAAAUUCUAACCAUUUUGUAACUAGAAGCCAAUUACCAUAUUGACUAUGGGUAUCAGCUUUAUUCUAUACUUUGAUUUUUAACAUUUAAUCAGUCAGCUUCACCUUACUCAAAGUUGACCGUAGUUACUCCUGAAUAAAAAGAAACCAACUCUUACCAGGUCUUGUACUGUGAUGUCAUAUUAUUCAGUUUUAUGUUGCUGGUUCCUGAAAGCAGAUGGAGUCAGGAGAGUGAGACAGAUCAGCUGCUGAUAGGAUUCCUGUCCUACUGCUCUUCUGUUCGGGUGAGGGGACACAGGAAAAUCCUCUCUCUGUACCUCUGAUUUUUGAAUGGCCUCUCAUUUGACUUUUUCUCUUAGACUGAUUUCAUUCUGGCUCUACACUUAAAGUCAUCUUUGAUGGAGAGGCCUCAAGACUAGCCGACCAUAGAAUGCACUGAGUUUCAAGACUACAGACCACAGAAUGCACUGAGUUUUUCAGAAUGAUACAGUCAAGAGCCCCACUGCAAGGGGCUUGCCUUGUUUCCCUCUCAAUUAUACUGGUUGGAAUUUUGAGAAUUUUCCCUUUUAAGAAGGGUCUGUGUGUGUUGGUGCUGUUGAGAGUAGAAAGAGGUAACCAUUAGAAAUGACCAGAGGCCUGGGGGGUGAGUAGACAUUUUGCCUUAUAAGAUGUGCUACUACGAAGCUCUCCCACAAACCCAGUUACAUCCCUACAGCUACAGAGUAGGCAAGGCUUUUUAAGGCAUCUUUGAAUUUGACCAACGGUGCUGUUACAAAAUACAUUUUAAUUGACAACACUAGGGUUUUGUACAAAGUAGUAGUGAUAGCCAUGGAAGGUUACACCUUAACCUGUGAGAAAUGUUCUUAAAUUCAUUUUUAAAAGUAUCUAAGGAUUGGUGUUUUAGCGAAAGAAGAUAAAUUGUCCCAGUUUCCUUAUUAAGAGAAAGCAAAGGGUAUUUAAAUGGAUCCGCCAGUGGAACUAGAUGGGAACAUUUGGGUCUUUAGUUUCACCACCACUUAGGGCCCACUGAAUUUGUAAUUUCCUGUGUUUGCAUCAGCUGCUCCUAGAAGUUAUUCUGCCCUGGCUCUGUGUCGUCUCAGUCAUUUGACUUAGAAAGUGACCUUCAAAGGACCCUGUUCACUGCUGCACUUUUCAACGAAUUAAAAUUUAUUUCUGUUCUAGUGGAAA